GGGCGGCGUAUGAACAGCCUCUGGCCGUGGUGCGCUGAGCGGCGCACACAAUCUCCCGCGUCAAGAGGUUCCGCCGCCCCUCUCACGCCAGCCCGCCUCGCUUCUGUGUGCUCGCCCGCGCGCUGCAAAGUCCGGUGAGGAGGGAGGCGACGGUGGGAGUCAUGGUGCGCUCGCUGAACUCCAUCGUGGCCGUGUGCCAGAACAUGGGCAUCGGGAAGGACGGCAGUCUGCCCUGGCCGCCGCUCAGGAAUGAGUAUAAGUACUUCCAGAGAAUGACUAGCACAUCCCAAGUUGAAGGUAAACAGAAUGCCUUGAUAAUGGGUAAAAAAACCUGGUUCUCCAUUCCUGAGAAGAAUCGUCCUCUGAAAGACAGAAUUAAUAUAGUGCUCAGCAGGGAGCUCCAGGAAACCCCAAAGGGAGCACAUUAUCUUUCAAAAAAUCUGGAUGAUGCUUUAGCUCUUUUGGAUUCACCAGAGUUAAAAAGUAAAGUAGACAUGGUCUGGAUCGUUGGAGGCACUUCAGUUUACAAGGCAGCAAUGGAGAAGCCAAUUAAUCACCGAUUGUUUGUGACAAGAAUUUUACAAGAAUUUGAAAGUGACACAUUUUUUCCAGAAAUCAACUACAAUGACUAUAAACUUUUGACGGAGUACCCAGGCGUCCCUGCUGAUAUCCAAGAAGAGAAUGGCAUUCAGUACAAAUUUGAAGUGUAUGAAAAAGCUGUCCUGGCACAAUAAAUGAGGUUUUCUGUA